AUGAUUAAAGAAUCUAUGAAUGGCUUUCCUAAGAUCGAGAAGUGGAUUCUUCUGGAUAGACUGAUUUCAGAUGUUCUUUUUGAAAAUAGAUUGGUGGAAUCUUUGCAAGAUCAGAAUCAAGAUCACAGUCUUGAUGAAGAAUUGGUGACAUCUGAUGGAAAAUCUUUCAAUGGGAGGAAUCUAAAGAACAUGACUCUAACCUAUGUGGUUAUUGAUCCUCGUGAGGCUCUGGACACAUCAGCAAUAUGUUUCAUGAGGAAUAUAGUUGUUAACUAUCCCCUGUUUUUCAUGGAUGACCCUCUAGAUGCUCUGCUAUCUUAUUUGGAAAUAUGUGUGGAUUGUGAUACUCUUGUUGAACCCCUUGUCAUAAGGAGGAGAAAAGGUUUUAAGAUUAUUGGUAAUGGACCUUCUGGAGUUGCUAAGUGUCCAACCAAGAAGGCUAAGACUUCUACAUCUAUGAGAAGGUCUCUGGGAGCAGUUCUGGAAGCUAAAGUUGAAGGAUCUAAGAAAGUUGAAGUUUUUCCUUCUUAG